ACUUUUCAAUCAAAAACGCGAAAAUUAAUCUAAUAGCAUAAUUUUUAAAUUUUAAUCUAAAUAGGUACAGUGCGAAACAUUUUUUGUUGUGGUUUUGUAAUAACAACUCUAUUAAAAAAACAGUCUAUGACAAUAUUGAUUUUUAGAACUAUUUUACUUGGAAAGAGGAUAUUAUUUGUGAGUUUCAUGAACAUUUUGUAAAUUCUAAGUAAAUACAUAACAUGGAAUUCACACCAGAAUUAAGUGCUUUCCAGGGAUCUAUUGUGUCCUUAGAUAGCUCUUGCGCCUUUUCGAGGAUUACUGGCAGAGGAGGUAAUGAAAACAAAAUUGAAACAGUUAUAAAAAGUUUACAAAUUUUUUUGAAUGAAAAAGGAUUGAACGAUUUCUUAUUGGAUAAUAAAAUCACUGACAAAGUAAGAAAAUUUGCCCUCUAUAUUGUGCUUAAUGCAGAUUUGCAAAUCUUACAGGAACUUGUAGAAUUGGAUGCAAUAGGAUCUGUCAUAUGGACUGUACCAACAAUUCCAACUUGUUUACUAAGUGAAAUGCUGUGGAAACUAAAUAUGGAGAAUUUCAUUUCUGAGAUAAUUGUAUUUUCAUAUCCACAGCUUUCUCUAGAAGUGUCGGAUAUAUUGAUUGAAAAUUUUAAAUAUUUUCAUCCCAGGCAGUGUUUUAGUCAACUUAAAACACUAGUUACAGCCUGUUACAGGUUUAUUUGUAGAUUGAUAUUUUUUAAAUUAAAAAAUCUUGAAUUAACACAAGCUGUUAAUAAUUUUCAUACAUGUCUCAAGUAUUUUUAUGAACCUCCAAAUGCUGGGAAACUUGAAAUGUUAAAGAGAGAUGAAAAAUAUAAGUAUGUAGGAGAGAAUCUACAUACCAUGCUCAUAGUGCUAAGUGAAUGUUUUAAUAAAUAUUCUAAUACACAGAAGUUAAGACCACCUGAUAUGCAUGAGAUUUAUGAAUUAACUUAUUUGGAAGGAUGCCUUAUUGACACCCACAGUGAAGUGAAUUUAGAAACAUGCUCAAAUAAAGAUAUUAAAGAAUCAAUAGAUAAUUGCAAUGUUAUGUUACUAGAUACAUCUAAAGAACUUGUUAUGGAAGUAAGUGUUGAAAUUUACUGUGCAUGGAGUGAAUUUGAGGACAAAAAUCAAAGUAUGCAACAAACCAUCGGUGAACUAUGCUAUAAAGUAAGAAAUACAUUAAUUAGUAUAAAAUCUGUUUGUGAGCAUCCUGUUAUUAAUAUGAUGGAACAGAUAUGUUUUAAACCAACUGAAUGUGUUGAUGUAAUUAAUGAACUGAGGAGUGAGGACAUAGUUCAAAAUAUUACAAAGGACAGUGAAGAGAAACAUAAGUGGAUAAAAGCAUUAUUGUAUAGAGAUAAUAUUUUUGAUGAUAUAAUAUUAGUAGAGCAAAUAAGUGUUAAUCUAGCAGCAUUAAAUAAUGAGGAUUGCUGUGAUUUAUUUAGAAGAUGCAGAGAGUAUUUAAAAAUAAAUUCAAACUCUGAAAAUGUACAAAUUCUAUUAAUUAAGGUGUUUCAAAACUGUAGUGUAGAAGAUAAAAUGAGCAUUUUGAAGGAACAUUUUAAUAGUUCUGUCUUCAAUGAUGACUUGAUUACAACACAAUUUAACAACAUGCUAACAGAAACAUUCAAUAAGUUAACAAUGUCAAAAGAUGCCGAUUUAUCUGAUAUCUUGACAAUAUUUUUGCAAAGCCCAAGGGAAGUGUACAAUAAAAUGUUCAAUUUAGCAUGUGAAAAUGCUCAACAAGCAGAAAUAAUGGUAAGAGUCAUGAAAUAUUUAGAAGCAUUUUCAAAUUAUUAUUACAGUGAAGAAAUAGAUUCUUGCAUAAUAUCAGUUACAAAAAAGAUGAUGGAAAAUGAUUUUGAAUUGGAGAAAAUACAAAACUUUAUAAAGUUUCUGUGGCAUAUUAAAAAUAGUAGUAUAAUACCAGGAACAAAAUUGCUUCUUUUAGUUGUUAUGCCCAACCUUCAUUCUGGAAUCGUCAAUAAGAACACGAUCCAUAUACAUAUGCAAUGUAAACUGCUUGUUGAUGCAUUUACUCUGGACGAAAUCCUUGAAUAUAGGAUGCCCAUGUUAGCAAUGUUAGCUCAAGUUCUUGAUGCAGUCAGGUGGAAAAUUACAACAUUUGUCACUUUGGCACCCUCUACUCUGGAGUUGGGACUACAGCUGCUGAUAUCAAUAUUAGACAGUUAUUCCCAAGAUUUACCCGAUAAUGAGAAGGCAUGGUUGAAAAUAAAGUUAAAAAAUAUAAAUCCACUGAAUAUGUACUACUACAGACAUUUAUGGAAUCCUCCUGGUGAUACAUUUCUGGAAAUAGUUAUGGGUGUUCAUGUUCAUAAAGAUAUGGACGUUGAGCAGCUAACAACAAGACUAUCACAGGUGUUGCCCUCCACUACCCUGCAAGAAUGGCACCAAAUAUGGGACAACCUGAACAUAUUUUCUAAAAAACAAAUAUACAAUAUUUAUCAUGACUCCUUAUUACUAGUUACAAUGGCAGAGAGAAAUUAUCACUCUCCAACAACAUGGGCAUGUGUCAUGUAUUGCUUUAAAAACUUUGUUCUCAUUACAAAGUCUAUUUUUUUGAAUGAACCUAUAGAAGAGCAACAAGUACUUGAAGUCAUGCAAAAAUUCAUAUUUCUGGAAAAUUUUGUUCAGGAGGAGAAUUUGGAAUCAUUUUGUAAUCUGGUUUUACCUCUUUUUGCUAAUAUGGCGGGAAAACAAUCAAAUAGUGUAACUAUAUGGAAAUCUGUAUGUGAAAAAGUUAAAAAUAAAAUAUUUUUAGAAAAGGUUACAUUAUUCUUCAAAAAUUGUGAUCAGUCACAGGAAAUUUCUGUUAUCUAAUAUACUUAUUUCACUUA